AUGUCAUCUGCAAAACUUUUACGUCCCGUCUCCUGUACGACAAUCUUCACGCCGCACGGAGAGCAGAGGGGCAGCAGAGACGUCGGCAACGUGAGCGAGCUGAGCGAGCCCUCGGCACACCCCGACUCCUGCUCUAAUCGCACAGUCGCCGCCGCCAAUCGAUCAACACGACGUCGCGCAAACUGGUUCGUCAAGUCAAUCUGCACCGGCAGCAGGCAGUCUCAAGUCGCACGGCAAGUGCGACGGGCCCGCAGUCCUUCAAGUGACCUCCGGGCUUGAGAUUCGUUCGUCCACGCUUUGAAGCAGCUCCAGACCUCGGGUAGUGUCGGCCAGUGCGCCAAUUCCGCCGUUAGGGGCCCGCCAGCGUGUCACGGCUUGCCGACACUGGGCUUCACUCCACGUCGUUCCGCGGCCUUCCGCGACAUUCUAUGAACUCGAUUUAACUGGGGCGCAGCCUUCUCCAUCUUUCUCCCUCCUGCUCUUCACACCUUACCCAUCGCACCUCAUCCCAACGCCACUCAUCCCAUCGCCACUCACGAAAGAAGCCCCAACACAACUCGCGGAUGGCGAACAAACAGCUCUGUCAGUCGAUGACAUUGAUCGACUUGCCGCACUAUACGCAAAACAAUGUACGACCGUCUGUUCCCUGAAGGCCGACGGCCAUGAAGUUACCCGAAGGUAA